UGGAUUUUUGGUUUCUUUUUUUAAACGUCAAGGCCCAGCAACAGGAAGCAGAGCGAAGAUGGGAGGAAAUGCAGAGCUAUCUCAGGAAGAGGACAGCAGAGCAUGAGGCGAUCCAGCAAGAUAUCCAGAACAAGCUUGUGGCCAAAGAUAACGAAAUCCAGAGCCUUCACAGCAAGUUUACCGAUACAAUUGUCUCGAGACAACAGCUGGAGCAAAGGAUGAUGCAACUAAUGGACGAAGAACAAAAGAGAGCCACGGCUGAAGACUCGUUCCAGAGACAGGUGAAGGAGCUGAUGGAACAGAACGAGGCUUUAAAAGCUCAGCUCCAGAAGUUCCAUUCCCAAAUGGCAGUCCAGAGUUCGGCUUCCGCCCUCGCAGAAGAACUACACAAAGUAAUUGCAGAAAAAGAGAAGCAGAUCAGCCAAGCUGAGGAGUCACUAAACAACGAACACAAGAAGCUAGCAAGCAAGGAAGAAGAUCUCAUGGGACGCUACAG